AUGAAGUUCGACCUCCUUGCUGCCGUCCUGGCUACCCUGGCGGUAGCCGAGGGUGCCACCACGGGCGGCGGCCGAUUCCGCUCUCGCCAUGUUGUCCACGAAAGCCGCGCCGUCGCCAACUCACACACCUGGAAAAAGGCGGCACGCCUGCACCACAAGACCAUAUUGCCCGUCCGGAUUGGUUUGACCCAGAGGAACCUGCACCGUGCCGAGGAGUUCAUCCACGACGUCUCGCACCCAGACUCGCCCAACUACGGCCGCCACUGGACGCAGGAAGAAGUUGCCGACAUGUUUGCGCCGCCACAAGAGGCCAUUGACGCUGUGACGGCGUGGGUGGCCAGUGAGACGGGGCUGCUGCGGGACGCCAUUGCACUGUCCCGGGGACGCAACUGGGUGCAGUUCAACGCCAGCGUGUCGCAGCUCGAGUCUCUGCUGAAGACCGAGUACCACGUGUACCAGCACGCGAACCACGGCGGACACCACGUGGCGUGCGACCAGUACCACGUGCCGGAGCACCUGCAGGAGCACAUUGACAUUGUGAUGCCGACGGUGCAUUUCGACGGGCGGCAGGGCGCCGGGCGGACGACCAAGACGGAGGCGCUGGCAGACGAGCACCAGACCGAGCUCAAGCGGCGGGCCAUUUCGCAGCGGUGGACGGACGCUACGGGAGGAGCCGCUGCCGCCCGCCCGCGGUUCCACGCCCGCGGCAAGCAGUCGUCGUCAGUCGCGGCAGCCCCCACGUCGUCUCCGGCACCUAAAGACAACAGCGCGCCUUCCACACGCCCGCAGCGCGGCAUUAUGGGCGCGCCCACCGACGCGUCGCUCACCAAGCAGGGCGCCGUCAUCAAGAACGCGCUGAUGGACCUCAGCCAGUGCGACACAAUGAUCACGCCCGCCUGCCUCCAGGCGCUCUACAAUACGCCGGCCGGCACGCUCGCGGCCAGCAACAACUCGCUCGGCAUCGUCGAGUACACGCCGCAGGCCAUCCUGCAGUCGGACCUCGACCUCUACUUCUCGCAGUUCCAGCCCAAGCUGCAGGGCACGAGCCCCAUCAUCAAGCUGCUCGACAACGCCGUCGUCCAGACCACCAACCAGAGCUUCAGCUUCAACGGCGAGUCGGCGCUCGACCUCGAGUUCGCCAUGGCCCUCAUUUUCCCGCAGCGGGCCACGCUCUUCCAGGUCGGCGACCUCGUGCAGGGCGGCAGCUUCAACAACCUGCUGGACUCGCUCGACGGCAGCUACUGCGCGUUUGAGGGCGGCGGCAGCACCAACGCCAACAUCGACGGCCAGUACAGCGCCGAGGUCAACUGCGGCACCGCCGCGCCCACCAACGUCAUUUCGACGAGCUACUCGUACAACGAGGGCGACCUGACCGCGGCCUACGAGCAGCGCCAGUGCAACGAGUACAUGAAGCUGGGCCUGCAGGGCGUCACUGUCAUCUACUCGUCGGGCGACUUUGGCGUGGCCGGCAACGGCGACGCGUGCAUUGACGCCACCACCGGCGCCUACAACAACGGCACCUCGGGCCUCUUCAACCCGUCCUUCCCGGGCACCUGCCCCUACGUCACGUCCGUCGGCGCCACCGAGCUCGUCAACGGCACGUCCGUGCGCGGCGCCGAGUCUGCCUGCCAAAAGGUCAUCUUUUCCGGCGGCGGCUUCUCCAACGUCUUCGGCAUGCCCUCGUACCAGCAAAAGGCCGUCCAGAGCUACAUGACCAACGCGGCCCCGCCCUACGGCGCCAACCGCUUCAACAACUCGGGCAACGUCCGCGGCUAUCCCGACGUCUCGGCCAACGGCGCCAACUACGUCACCGCCGUCAACGGCAACUUUACGCUGUCCUUUGGCACCUCCGCCUCGGCGCCCGUCUUUGCCGCCAUCAUCAACCUCAUCAACGAGAAGCGCAUCGAGGCCGGCAAGGGCCCGGUCGGCUUCGUCAAUCCGGCGCUGUAUGCCAACCCCAGUGUCCUCAACGACAUCACGUCCGGCAACAACCCGGGUUGCGGCACCAACGGAUUCACGGCUGUGCCUGGCUGGGACCCGCUGACCGGCCUCGGCACGCCCAACUACCCUGCCAUGGAGAAGAUGUUCUUGAGUCUGCAGUGA